CUUCUUACCCCUAAGCAAUCGCUUAACCACACAUCAACUUCAUAUCUUUCAAUUUCCCUUCUCAUCCGAUCGUCGGCAGCUUGAAUGGCACACGGCAAUGACCAACCGUCCAUCUUUUGCUCACGCUCUUCCACUCUCCCUUGCUCACUAUCCACUACGCUCGGUGUAUAUAUAUGUGUACACGUUCUUGUAGCGGCUAGCUAACUUCACCAUAAUAUAAGACGCCUUUACCUACACACCAUCGAUACACAACAAGAUGCUGCCGCUGCGGGUGUUGCUCGUGGCGCUCGCGGCGGCUGCCACGGCGGCGGCGGCGACGGAGCAGCGGGCGACGUACAUAGUCCACAUGGCAAAGUCGGCGAUGCCGGCGGAGUACGCGGACCACGGCGAGUGGUACGGCGCCUCGCUGCGCUCGGUGUCCGCGGGCGGCGCGGCAAAGAUGCUGUACUCGUACGACACGGUCCUGCACGGCUUCUCGGCGCGGCUCACCGCGCAGGAGGCCAGCGACAUGGCGUCCAGGGACGGCGUCCUCGCCGUGAACCCGGAGACGCGGUACGAGCUCCACACCACGCGGACGCCCGAGUUCCUGGGCAUCGCCGGGGACGGCCAGGGGCUGUUCCCGCAGUCCAGGACGGCGGGCGACAUCGUCGUCGGGGUGCUCGACACCGGUGUCUGGCCCGAGAGCAAGAGCUACGACGACACGGGCCUCGGCGAGGUGCCGUCGUGGUGGAAGGGGCAGUGCAUGGCCGGUACGGCGUUCAACUCCUCCGCCUGCAACCGGAAGCUCGUCGGCGCCCGGUUCUUUAACAAGGGCUAUGAGGCAGCGAUGGGACCCAUGGACACCGACAGGGAGUCGCGCUCACCGCGUGACGAUGACGGUCACGGGACACACACAUCCUCCACGGCCGCUGGCGCCGCGGUGUCCGACGCGAGCCUGUUCGGGUUCGCGUCCGGCACGGCGCGCGGCAUGGCUCCCAAGGCGCGCGUGGCGGUGUACAAGGUGUGCUGGCUCGGCGGCUGCUUUAGCUCGGACAUCCUUGCAGGUAUGGACGCCGCCGUCGCUGAUGGCUGCGGCGUGCUGUCCCUGUCGCUCGGAGGCGGCGCCUCCGACUACUCGCGCGACAGCGUCGCGAUCGGCGCGUUCGCCGCGAUGGAGCAGAACGUCCUGGUCUCCUGCUCGGCCGGCAACGCCGGGCCUGGAAGUUCCACGCUAUCUAACGUGGCGCCGUGGAUCACCACCGUGGGCGCCGGCACCCUCGACCGCGACUUCCCGGCGUACGUCGUGCUCGGCAACGGCAAGAACUACACGGGAGUCUCCCUCUACGCUGGAAAGGCCCUCCCCAGCACCCCGCUCCCAAUCAUCUACGCGGCCAACGCAUCCAACUCCAGCGCUGGCAAUCUCUGCAUGCCUGGGACCCUGACGCCGGGUAAGGUGGCCGGUAAGAUCGUCGUCUGCGACCGCGGUGUCAGCGCACGUGUCCAGAAGGGCUUCGUCGUGCGCGACGCAGGCGGCGCGGGAAUGGUGCUCUCCAACACUGCCGCCAACGGCGAGGAGCUCGUCGCCGACGCGCACCUCCUCCCCGCCGCCGGCGUGGGUGAGAGAGAAGGCACCGCAAUAAAGUCCUACGUCGUCUCCGACCCUAACCCAACGGCGACGAUCGUGGUCGCCGGGACGCAGCUGGACGUCCACCCCUCGCCGGUGGUGGCCGCGUUCUCAUCGCGCGGGCCGAACAUGGUGACGCCUGAAAUUCUCAAGCCGGACAUCAUCGCGCCGGGCGUCAACAUCCUGGCGGCAUGGACCGGCAAGGCCGGGCCGACGGGGCUCGCCGCCGACACCCGCCGGGUGGGCUUCAACAUCAUCUCGGGCACGUCCAUGUCGUGCCCGCACGUGAGCGGCCUGGCGGCGCUGCUCCGGAGCGCGCACCCGGAGUGGAGCCCCGCAGCCGUGCGCUCAGCUCUCAUGACCACCGCCUACGCCACGUACUCCGGCGGGUCACCCCUCCUGGACGCGGCCACCGGUGCGACCGCCACGCCGUUCGACUACGGCGCCGGGCACGUGGACCCCGCGCGGGCUGUGGACCCGGGGCUCGUGUACGACCUCGGCACCCGAGACUACGUCGACUUCCUGUGCGCGCUCAAGUACACGAGCAACAUGAUCGCCGCGGUGGCGCGGAGCAGGGACUAUGGGUGCGCCGAGAACAAGACCUACUCCGUGGGCAAUCUCAACUACCCAUCCUUCUCCGUGGCCUACUCCACGGAGAACGGCGACGGCAGCGACUCCGCGGCGACCACCGUGACGCACACGCGCACGCUCACCAACGUGGGCGGGCCGGGCACGUACAAGGUGUCCACGACGGUCACCGAGAAGGGCGUGACCGUGGACGUGAAGCCCACCGAGCUCGCGUUCACGUCAGUCGGCGAGAAGAAGAGCUACACGGUGAGCUUCACGUCCAAGUCCCAGCCGUCCGGCACCACCGGGUUCGGCCGGCUCGUCUGGUCGGACGGCAAGUACAGCGUGGCGAGCCCGAUAGCCUUUACGUGGAUAUGAUGGAUACGGUUUUUGGCGCCUCAAUGGUGUAACCGUCCAAGUGAUGAUGGCCACACUAGUCUUGGGCUAGCUUGAAUCGGGGCUUGGUUGGACCAGAUUACGACGAUUCAGGGGCAGUUUCUUUCACUAUAACUGAUUGGAAGUUGAGGAGGCUAUCAGCAAUGUGCCCUCCAAAUGUUUCACAUUAAGUUUUUUUUUUUCCAUGGCAUUACCCGGACCAUGAUAUUGGGGAGAUGCUUGUCAUGUUCCCAUGAUGGUUUGUUUGUUACUGACAUAAAUAAUCACGCAAAAGAAAGAAGAAAAAUAGAAAACAUAAACUUCUUUUUCUUUGCGAGGGAACAGAGAACACUUCAUGUGACACAUCUAAUAAAUGCAAGUGUGGCAUAUUGGAUAUGUUUCCAAAA